AGGUUCCUGCAGCCAGUGCAGAAGAUUGACAUGAACCUGACUGACCUGCUGGGGGAGCUGCAGCGCGACCCGUGGCCCGUCACUCAGGGGAAGAGGCCACUGCGCUCGCUUGGCGUGGCCAUGUCCAUCGCCGUGGGCCUGCUGGAGUGCACCUUCCCCAACACGGGCGCUCGGAUCAUGACCUUUAUCGGCGGCCCAGCAACACAGGGCCCUGGCAUGGUGGUGGGGGACGAGCUGAAGACCCCCAUCAGGUCCUGGCACGACCUGGAGAAGGACAAUGCCAAGUUCACCAAGAAAGCCACCAAG